AUGCUCAUGGAGGUCAACCUUCGAGUCAAGUGGCAGGACCAGCGCUUGACGAUUCCUCCUUGGUUGGGCGCCGAGGAUUACAUACCCCUCGACCCUGUUAUUCUCAAGGAUAUAUGGGUGCCUGAUCUUUAUAUCGAUGCCUACACCCUGAACUACAACGUGUACAAGUGGGUUCCUCCUGGCUUGGAAAUCGGCGCAGACAUCUCCAACGAGCAGUUCUAUAUUCGCUUUGAGAAGACAGACCCCUAUACCAGAGUCCAGGAUGUCUACGGUGAAUUUCUGAAGUCUGGCACUUACCCCGCGCUGGCUUUCCGGAUCCACCUGACGCGGCAGAUAACGUACGUCCUCCUGCAGGUGUACUUACCGUCGGGCCUGUUCGUGGUGGUGUCCUUUGUGUCGUUGCUGGUGCCCCCCGACGCCAUCCCGGGCCGCAUGACUCUCUGCAUUACUACGAUCCUUACCAUGUCCGCGCUUCUGGGGGUUGCCAUGCAGUCCACCCCGCAGGUCAGCUAUACCCGUGCUAUAGACGUCUGGCUGCUCGUCUGUCUGUCUAUAGUUAGUGUUGUGUUGCUGGAAUUCGGGAUUGUCAUCAAGUUGAGGGAAAGGGAGAAAUUGCAGUCCAAGGUACAACCAGUAGGGCGGAUUAUAAAGACGCAGGUCCAGCCCAUCUCAGGGACCCAGACUGUGAAUAAAAAAGAAAGGGCGUGCUUCGCCGUCACCUCAGACAUCGUGGAAAAGACGUCUCUGGUGCUCCUGCCUCUCGUUUUCCUCGUUUUCAAUGGAGCUUACUGGGCGUGGUUCCUGACGGGCUCUGAGUCAGCCAUGCCGCAGGGACUCAGCGCGAACAGCACUUUAUCAAAGGAGGUCACAGUAAAAGUAAGAUUCUGCAUGAGUGGAUAUAGGAGUUUUCGUACAGGGGUCAUAACUGUGAGGAUGCAUUGGUUAAAGAUUUUUCUAUAUAAUGACAAGGAGCUUCUUAGUAUGCCACUGUAUCUGCCGAAGGGGCUCCAGCCUAGACUGACGUGCCACUUAAUUUCCUCUUCACUUGAUGUGUUUGUCUGA